CAAACAAAGCUAGGAGAAAGAAAAGUAAGAAACAAGAACGGCUCUCUCAGUCUCCAACUCCCCCAAAACCUCUCACAUCACUCACUCUCACGAGCUCCUUCCCUUCAAUUUCCGCCCAAGAAUCAAACCCUAGGGUUUCCAAAUUCCAAUCCCAAAACUUUCAAAUACCUCGGAUCUCUGCUCAUGGGAGCCUACGACUCCAACCCUUACGAUCCAAACCCUAGGCAGCCGCCAUGGAACCCUAGCGCCGACGAGGUCGACAGGGUCAACGACCGAUUGUCGGGAAUCGCGGUGAGCGAGCGAUCGGAUGAUAGCAGCAGCAUCUAUCAGGUGAUGCGAGCUGUCGAGGACGCGGAGAACACGAUCAAGCAGCAGAUGGAAGAGAAUCAACAAUUAAAGGAUCAACUUCUACAGCAAAAACGGGAACUGGAAAAAUAUAAAUUAGAAUCUACAUCUCGAAGGUCUGAUGUUAUGAGAGAUGUACAUGCCAUGGGACCUUACAAGACUUAUAUCUCAAACAUUCCAGGAGGAAAUGAAACAGCGAAGGUUAGAUGGAUGGAAAAUAAUUCUGCCGUGAACCCUCAUGAUAUGCUUGUUAUCCAUCAGAAUGGGACCUCAGAAAUUGACAACCAUGUGUCACAAACUAGCACAAUGAACCAGCAAUACUCUAAGAGCACCAAGGUGGAUGGUACUUUGAAAAUAUCUCCUGGAGUGCAAAUUGGUGUUGAUAGUGCUGGUGUAUCCCAGCUCUCAACACCAUCUUCUAGGUCCCUCUCUCCAUCUAGACACAGAAAAGAAGGUGAGUAUGAUCCAAGGGUUCAUUCGUCUGGAAAAGGGUUGAUUCCAGUCUCAGAAACAGCCUCAAACAACAUGUGGAAGCAGGAUCUUGCUAUAAAAGUUAGAGAGCGCGAGGAAGAAAUUGCUCUGCUAAGAAAGCAUCUUGCAGACUAUUCAGUAAAGGAAGCACAAAUACACAAUGAGAAAUAUGUUCUGGAAAAACGCAUUGCUUAUAUGCGCAUGGCAUUUGAUCAGCAACAACAGGAUCUUGUCGAUGCCGCGUCAAAAGCUCUUUCUUAUAGACAAGAUAUAAUCGAGGAAAACAUCCGUCUAACCUAUGCAUUGCAACAGGCUGCACAACAAGAAAGAACUACAUUUAUUUCUUCUCUGCUGCCUCUUCUUACGGAAUAUAAUCUUCAACCUUCUGUACUUGAUGCUCAAUCAAUUGUUAGUAAUUUGAAGGUUUUGUUUACACAUCUGCAGGAAAAGCUCAUUCUUACUGAGGAUAAAUUGAAAGAAUCUCAGUAUCAGUUAGCUCCAUGGCAUGCAGAACCAUCAAAUGCAGGCUUUCCUCCACAAUCCCCUUCUCAUUCUCUUGGUGCAGCACUUGCAAAUUCUAACAAAAGCCUUGAGAUUGUUCCCCAGCCUGCAUAUUCUCACACACAGUCUCCAGUUUCUUCUCCAUCAAAUGCUCGGACAAAACUCGAAUGGGAGGCUUUAGGCAGCCAAAACCAUAACCCUGGACCCAGCGGCUUUGCUUCUAAGAAUACAAACCAAGAUGUUCUGGAAAGAAUGUCUCCUUCUCUAAGCAGGAACACCAUGGCAGACGAUACGUCAGCUAAAACCAUAGGUUAUUCUUCAGCUCAAGUAACUCAAGGCGAUUCCCAUGUUCCACAGUUCAAUGUUGAGUUUAAAGACCACCGAAAUCCAUCAUUCAAGGACAUUGUUAGAGGAAAGGAAAUCGAUGAUCCCGAGACAACUGGACUACAGCAUGGAAGAGACGGUACUGUCCACUGGGGACCUGCAGCCUCUCCUUAUUUGUCAUCUGGACUUGACGAUCCAAAUUCCUCGUACCCAUAUCUUCCACCAGUCCUUGAGGAGCCUAGUUCUUCAUUUUCUGAAGCUGCAGAAGACGAACUUUUGCCAGCAAUAGAAGGACUUCAAAUUUCAGGAGAAGCUUUUCCAGGAAAAGAACUUACAGCAUGUGGGUAUUCCAUCAAUGGGACUACCAGUUGUAAUUUUGAGUGGGUACGCUAUCUAGAAGAUGGUUCUGUGAAUUAUAUCGAGGGAGCUAAGCAACCCAAAUAUCUGAUUACCGCUGAUGAUGUUGAAACCUACCUUGCAAUUGAAGUUCAUCCCCUGGAUGACAGGAAACGAAAGGGUGAGCUUGUAAAGGUAUUUGCCAAUGAGCAAAGGAAGAUAACUUGCGAUCCUGAUAUGCAGAAGCAGAUCGAGAAUACCCUUUCCAUUGGACACAUAUCUUAUGAAGUUCAUUUAUCUGCUAAAUAUCUAGACAUAUGGGAGCAAGCUGUUUUGGCAAUUAAGAGGGAAGGCUACAGUAUAAAGUGCAAUGGCCCGCGUGGAGUUGUUGUUGCAGAGAAGUUCCAAUCAACUACCACUAUUACAAUUCCUUAUGGCCAUCCCAUGGAGUUCUCAAUUCAAUGUGCUAAUGGUGAUGAGUAUCUCUUAAGGGCAAAAGAUAGUAGCUGGUUUCGGGAUACCAUUGUGCUUACUAUGAGAUUAUUCAAGAAGAUGGCAAUAGAAAAAAGGAAAGGGAGAAAAAAGGGUCUCUUCUUCAAAUCCUAGUCCUUGCCAUUAUGAAGGAUGGUGAUGUACAUAAUUCUAGAAUUUAAUACAUUUCUGCAGAUGUACAUUAGAUGUAGAGGUCUUCUCCAUUAUUCUAAUCUCACCUGUAAAGAUCUCUACCAAUUUUUCUCAAAGGAGAGAUCAUCUUAACUUCUUCUGUCCCCAGCACAAUUCUACCUGUUUUCAGUACAUUUUCCAACUGUUCUUGUUCUGUACAUCUCUUAGCUUCCUGCUUAGGCUUUAAAUGGACAGAUGCUGGAUGAUAUCAAAUAUUAUCGAGCCAAUUUGAUGAAGUCAUAAAUUAAAAUGCAAAGGUUGAGCUGUUAGCUGAAUAGCAAUUAUUAUUAUUAUUAUUUAUUUUUGUAUUUUUUGUUUUUUUAUUUUUCUUGGUUGGUGCUUCCAAUUUGCUAUUGGUUUGCAGUUCACAUUACACUGGAUUAAAUAUGGAUCUAUAUUGUGAUAUCAAUUUUGACUAUAUUUGAA